AUGGAGCCAACUUCGACUGGUAGACAACGCCGCGCUCAGAACAGACUUUCAAGAAGCCAAGGCAACGAUUUACCAUCUCAAGAGUCUCACGGGGAGCUCGAGCUUGAUGACAGCGAUGGAGCAGAUUGGACAACAGUAGGAAAUCAAAUUCAAGCAAAGUGCGAAGAGUCGGAUAAAGAAGUCUCCAAGGAAAUUGACUCGUUGGCUGAAGAGUUCGAAGAAAACUGUCUGCUGGAAGAAGACUGCGAAAGAGGUCUCGAAACAAGCGAGCUUGAAGACAGUUCCUGCCCAGUCCCGCCAGCUGUAGCGAGGCAGAUUGAUGUCGACAAGGUUUUGAAAGAGAAUUCGGCGCUGAAGGAACGACGUGAGGCCCUCUUGAUGUGUCAAAUCUGUUUCGAAUUCUACGAUGAUGGAAAGCACGCGAAAUUUUCGCACGGCUGUGGUCAUGGAUGCUGCUUGACUUGCAUGAAGAUGGAAUUUGCUCGGCAACGAGAAUGA